UUCUGAAACAUCCACGCACGCGUGAGCGCUCGCACACGAAAUUGGAGGCAGGGCAAAUAAGCACCCCGACCUCAUGUACCUUCUGGUCAUGCUUUACCAAAAACAGUUAGGCUGCUGAGCUGUCGUCCCGCACUAUGAGCAGGAAACUGUGCAGCGCAUGCAGACCAGAGCUCUGGAGAGAAACACGAGGUUGAACCAAUGAGGGGCCACCUUUGGUCUGGACAGGGUGUUUGGAAACCGAAGGCUCUAUUUUUAACCUUCCUCUUUUUAAUUUCCUCGCCGAUCUCCUUGAGCAGGGCAAGGCAGUGUCUCUUCUUAAGCGGCAGACAAAAGUAUUCGGUCAAGACUUUUACUCAAACUUUACUCUCCUCUUCCUUUGGCAGACCAGCAUGGCCAAAUAGGACACAUUAGGCCAAGGUCACAAUCCAGCAAACCCCCUCUUUCCUUUAUAAACUCUGGUAUCAACUAAUUAUUCUGCAUGUUUGUUACAUGUAUAACUUGCCAGUAAUUUUAAGAAGUGUACCUUCCCUCUGGCUGGAAAAACAGGGAGAUUCCUGAUAUAUUUGCUGAAUGUGUCUGGUUCUUACGCUCGACUCCACUGACAAAGUAUAUUCACAGAGCAGUGGUGCCAAGAAAUCAACACUGCUUCCUGCUUUAAUUUUAGGUUGUCUAGGUUGCCUUUUACCCAGGGCACUGGCUCAAACAGUCCAGUAAUGCUCUCCAAGAGGAAGUUGUGCCUGUUUGCUCUGUUUGGUGGGAUCCUCUUUGUCAUGAUUGCCACCCACACCAUUCAGAAGAACAACAUCCUGUCUUUGACUUUGAUGGAGACCCAUGCCACCUCCAGGACUGUGCAUGGGCACGCUGUUAACCGAACAUGGGCUCCACCGAGUGCCACGGUGCCCAGCCCGGACAGGAUAUGUGGGUGUCCGUCCUGCAUAGCAGACAUGGAGGUCUCGGAGUGGUUCGCUCAGCACUAUGACCCCCAGCAGCAGCCCUUUCUCACAGACAGAGACAACAACAUGGACCCCCUGGCCCUGAAGUGGUGGCUGGCUUUGCAGCGGUCCACCGAUGAGCGGACGAUAUAUGACGUGAUCCAGAAGAUGUUCCAGGUCAUUGCUCCCCCUGCCGUGGAUGUCCAACCCAAACAAGCACUGUGCAGGAAGUGUGCAGUGGUGGGGAAUUCAGGAAACCUGCUCGGCUCUCAAUACGGCUCCUUGAUAGACUCACAUAACCGUGUCAUAAGGAUGAAUAAAGCCACAACAGCAGGGUUUGAAGCCGACGUGGGCAACAGAACGACACACCACUUCAUGUACCCUGAGAGUGCAGUGGACAUCGCCCCUGGGGUCCACCUAGUUCUGCUGCCCUUUAAACUCCGCGAUCUACAGUGGGUGGCCAGUGCCCUUUCGACGGGAGAGAUCAAAACGACAUACAUGAGGGUGAAAGGUCGGGUACAGGCUGACAAGGACAGGGUUAUAGUGGUGAAUCCAGCGUUCUUUAAGUACACCCACGACCGGUGGACAGAGCGCCAUGGCAGAUACCCUUCCACGGGCAUGCUGGCAGUUAUAUUUGCCCUUCACAUCUGCGAUGAGGUGUCUGUGUUUGGCUAUGGAGCUGACCAACAGGGGAACUGGCACCACUACUGGGAGGACAACCAGUACGCUGGUGCGUUUAGGAAAACUGGGGUGCACAAUGCUGAUUUUGAGACGGAGGUUAUCCAAAAGCUGGACACAGAGGGCAAAAUUAAGCUGCACAAGAGAUGAGAAUGAGCUAGGGUGGUGUGUACAGGACGAAGCCAUUAGUGUUGGGUGUGGUGGUCAGAGACCGUCAAAGAGGGACAUGAAACCUGUGAUGCGCCCUGGUCUCUGAAACUAGCACUGUGAGCUACACAUACAACCAAAACCACAAACAGAAGUCCUCAGACCAAAACAAGAACUUGAAUCAUGUCAUUUGAGCAUGCACUGCAUGUCAACAGCAUAAUAAAUUGCUGAAAAUACAUUUUAACAGGGACGGAUAACCUCCACACAUGCACGUUUUAGACAGAUCAUUAAAACGAACAUAGAAAGUAUGCGGAGCGGCUUAUGCUGAGCCAGCUUAUUUAGUUUCUUCCCUGUUCUGUACGUGUCGGCAUGCUGCACCGAACUAGCCUUAUACUGAAGAACCCUUCAAGAACCUGAGAGCCUUUGACUGAAGGGGUAAACCACAGAAUCCGCAUUAAGGACAGAAGCCCUGUGUUGCAAGGGUGUAAAAACCACAUCUGCGUGUAUUUUUCUUUGUGAGGAUGGAAAAGGGCACAGUUAGAGUCAAAUUUAUUCAAGAAUUUAUACUGCAUUGGAACUAUAAGGAUUGGUUUAAUGUCUCUGUAGAAACAGUUUUGAGCUGCCAUAGUAGUCAAUGAAACCAUAUUAAUAUACAGCUUUCACACCCAAUUAUGUUGCCUAUUAUUAUGUUGUUCUGAACUUGAUCUAAUAACAUGUUUUAGAUUAUGGAAAUGUCACUUGUGUUGCCAUCCCAAGGAAUACAAAUAUUGAACACUGUGUAUGGGGGGGAACACACGAUGUGGUCAUUAACAGUCUGCAUUAUGUUGCACUAUGAUACCACAUUCUUGUUUGGGAGGGAUGCGGGGCGGGCUAGCCAGAUGUCUUUGAUUAAUUUCUAAAAAAGAAUGAACACUUCAAUAAGAGCGAUUCCAGUGAUGUGCCUUCUGAGCCAGUUUAACUCUCUAAGGGAGUUUUGAUAACUUUUUUUUUUUUAUACGGAUGUAUGAACCUUUGUGUCAAAGACUGAGUCCCGCUGUUAUUAGAGUUAUGAUCUAUGACCACUGAUAAGACAGUUGUGACCCGAUGAGUAAAAAUGAACACCUUCAAUUAAAACCAGAAACAAUGAAUGCAACUUUAAUAUCAUCAUUAACUAAACAUUAAGUUUGUUUGUUUCAAAGUCGGCUCCUAUUUUAAAUAAAAUCUCAAAACCAUUUAGGAUUUUUAAAACAAAAGUAGGUUGGUACCCAAUACAACACUUUUAAUAAAACAUAAGAAACCAUAUCUUUUUUUUGUAUUUGUGAGUAUGUGUGUGAUUGACUAUGAUGAAGCUGUGGUGUCUUUAAAAACAUUAAAUAAAAGCAUACUGAACAAUCA